AUGACGGUCACUUUCCCAUACUCGUCGGCUCCGGCCAAGCAGAUCAAGGAGAUUCAGUUUGGUGUGAUGAGUCCUGAGGAGAUUAAAGCAUUCUCUGUGGCCAAGAUCGAAUAUACAGAAGUGAUGGAUGAGGCUACGAACAGGCAGAAAGUUGGAGGUCUGAUGGAUCCUAAAAUGGGCACCAUCGACCGUAAUUUCAAAUGUCAAACGUGUCUGGAAGGUAUGGCAGAAUGUCCAGGUCAUUUCGGUCAUAUCGAAUUGGCCAGACCAGUCUUUCACGCCGGUUUCAUCAUUAAAGUGAAAAAGAUCUUGGAAUGUGUCUGCUAUAGUUGUGGGAAACUCAAAGUUGACAUGCGAGAUCCAAUGGUUGCGAAUGUCGUACGAAGAGUAAAAGCCCAGCAUCGUCUACGAGCUGUUUGGGUAUUGGCGAAAGAUAAGAAAGUCUGUGAGACUGAUUCGCUGGAGGACAACCAGGAUGGUGAUGCGACAGCCGAAGAUCAGUUCAUGGCUGAACAGGGGAAACCCAAAGGUCAUGGUGGAUGUGGUCACGAGCAACCGUUAUGGCGAAAGAAGGGUCUAAAGCUUACUGGUAUAUGGAAACCUACGGAUAAGGGAGAGGAUACUGCUGAACCUGAAGAACGCAACGUAUCUCCAGGAGAGGUCCAUAAUAUCCUCAAGAAGAUCCCACCUGAAGAUUUGCAUAUCAUGGGUCUGAACGCUGAAUACGCUAGACCAGAUUGGAUGAUUCUUACAGUAUUGCCCGUCCCACCAGCAGCUGUCCGACCUUCAAUUGCCAUCGAUGGAGGAGCUUUACGAAGUGAAGAUGAUUUGACGUACAAAUUACAAUCGAUCAUCAAAUUCAAUGGUAUCGUUAGGCGGAUGGAAGCGGAAGGUGUACCUCCGAGUGUGGUCAACGAGCAAUUCGAUUUACUGCAGUAUCACGUCGCUACUUAUAUGGACAAUGAGAUUGCUGGUUUACCGAGGGAUCAGCAUAAAGCUGGAAGAGCUAUCAAAGCGAUCAGAGCCAGAUUGAAGGGAAAAGAAGGUAGAAUGAGAGGAAACUUGAUGGGUAAACGAGUGGACUUCUCAGCUCGUACGGUUAUUACCGGUGAUCCCAAUCUGCAAUUGGAUCAGGUUGGUGUUCCCAGGAGUAUAGCCAUGACUCUGACUUAUCCUGAGAGAGUGACCCCAUACAAUAUCGUCUAUCUGCAAACUCUGGUGAACAACGGUCCUGCAACGUACCCUGGUGCCAGGUAUUACGUCAAGGAUACUGGAGAACGUGUGGAUUUGAAGUAUAGGAAAUCCGGUGAACCCAUCAGUUUGCAGUUUGGUUGGAUCGUAGAGAGACACCUCAAGGAUGGAGACUUCGUUCUAUUCAAUCGUCAACCGAGUUUGCAUAAAAUGUCUAUGAUGUCGCAUAGGGUCAAACUUAUGAACUAUUCCACUUUCCGUCUGAAUCUUUCGGUUACUUCACCUUAUAAUGCCGAUUUCGAUGGUGACGAAAUGAACUUGCACGUGCCGCAAAGCGAAGAGACACGAGCAGAACUCAGUCAGAUAGCUUGGGUUCCCAGACAGAUUGUCUCGCCGCAGGCGAACAAGCCCGUCAUGGGUAUCGUGCAAGAUACUCUCUGUGGUAUCCGAAAGUUUACCCUACGAGAUAACCUUCUCGAUUGGCUACAAGUGCAGCAUAUCCUCCUUUGGACAGUUGGCUGGGACGGUACAAUACCGCCGCCUGCUAUUCUGAAGCCUAAACCAAUGUGGACUGGUAAACAGCUUCUAUCGAUGACAAUUCCCAAAGGUAUCAAUAUAACCAAAAAGAACAACGAGAAGCCAUCACCCAUUGAUGUGACCGAUGAGAAUGUGUUGAUAGAUAACGGUGAAUUGAUAUACGGUACCAUCGUAAAAAAUAUGGCUGGUGCUGCCAACGACGGUUUGGUACAUGUCAUUUUCCGAGAAUUGGGUCCAGUAGCAGCCCGAGAUUGGUUUUCAGCUUGUCAACAGAUGAUCAAUUUCUGGCUAUUACAUUACGGUUUCUCGGUUGGUAUCGGUGAUACCAUCGUCGACAAAGCUACAAUGGCAGGAAUUACAAAUCGAAUGGUGGAAGCUAAAGAGGCGGUACAAAGGUUGAUCUCAGAAGCAGAGGCGAACAAGAUGAAACCUAAACCAGGUAUGACGAUUAGAGAAACCUUAGAAGCAUCAAUUGCCAAUGAAUUGAACAAAGCGAGAGAUUGGACCGGUAAAACCACGCAGGAUAACCUGAAGGGAGAUAACAACGUCAAACAGAUGGUAGUGUCUGGAUCAAAAGGUUCUUUCAUCAAUAUUUCUCAGAUGUCAGGUGUCGUAGGACAACAGUUCGUCGAAGGAAAACGUAUAACGUUUGGAUUCAAGCAUCGUUCAUUACCGCAUUUCUCCAGGGAUGAUUACGGUCCAGAAUCAAGAGGUUUCGUAGAGAAUUCGUAUCUUCGAGGAUUAACUCCUCAAGAGUUCUGGUUCCAUGCCAUGGGAGGAAGAGAAGGAUUGAUUGAUACUGCAGUGAAAACUGCUGAAACGGGUUAUAUCCAGAGAAGAUUGGUCAAAGCGAUGGAAGAUCUCAAAGUUGGAUAUGAUGGUACGGUGAGAAACUCGGUUGGAGAUGUGGUACAAUUCUUAUACGGUGAAGAUGGUAUGGAUGGUUCUGCAAUGGAGAAGCAGAGUCUCGAUAUCAUCCGUCUAUCAAAUAAAGCUUUCGAGCGAAGAUACAAGAUCGACGUCUUGAGUGCGACAGGUGGUUUCAAGAAGGGUGCUUUGCAAGCAGGUAUCGAUCAGAGCUCAGUGGAGUUGCAGACGUUACUCGACGAAGAGUUCCGUCAAUAUACUGAAGAUCGACAAUUGCUCAGAGACCAUAUCUACACCGAUGGUACUCCUGGUCAUCCGCUUCCUGUCAAUAUUCAACGAGUCAUCCAGAACUCUCAGCAGAUCUUCCAUAUUGAUCCUAGAGUUCCUAGUGAUCUAGACCCGGCAUACCUUAUAGAGCAGCGACAAGCUCUUUCAGAUCGAUUGGUGGUGGUUCGAGGUGACGACAAGCUCAGUAGAGAUGCUCAGCAUAACGCCACUCUCGUCUUCAACAUGCUCCUUCGAUCACAUCUUGCUACUCGACGAGUGAUAGAAGAGUAUCAUCUGAAUAGAGAAGCUUUCGAUUGGGUUAUUGGAGAAAUCGAGCAGAUCUUCAAUAAAGCUGUCGUCAACGCAUCUGAAAUGGUCGGAACUCUCGCAGCUCAGUCUAUCGGUGAACCUGCUACCCAAAUGACAUUGAACACCUUCCAUUAUGCGGGUGUAGCUUCCAAAUCUGUUACCGGUGGUGUACCCCGGUUGAAAGAAAUCAUCAACGUCGCGGUGAACAUCCGAACUCCCGCGCUGAAUGUUUAUCUUGAUCCUGAAUAUAGUCGUACGGAAGAAGACGCGCAUCAGAUCAUGCGAAAACUCACCUACACCCGUCUCAGAGAUAUCACUGCAUCAGUUGAGAUCUUCUACGAUCCUAAGCUGGAUUCGACAGAUAUCGAAGAGGAUCAAGAUUUCGUUGAUGCGUUUUUCGCUAUCCCAGAUGAAGAUAUUCGAUUGGAAUUACACUCGCCAUGGUUGCUUCGUUUGGAACUUGAUCGAGCCAAGGUAUUGGAAGGUGGUUAUGAGAUGUCCCAAAUUGUAAAUGCCAUAGCAGAACAAGUUGGAAAAGAUGUCUUUGUGAUACACUCAGAAGAUAACGCUCCUAAAUUGAUCAUCCGACUGAGGGUAGUGGCCGAGAAAGAAGAUGAAGAGUUACUAGGUGACGAAGAUAUGUUCUUGAAGCGAAUCGAAGGUACCUUGUUGGAUCAAGUGGUGUUGGGUGGUAUCAAAGGUAUUCAGAGAGUGUUCAUCUCAGAAGGUAAACAGGUGGUGCUUUCUCAACAUGGUGAAUACGAUCAAGCGAAAGAGUGGUUCCUCGAAACGGAUGGUAUCAACCUGAAGGAGGUCAUGGCUGUAGAUGGUGUAGAUGGGCCGCGAACCUACUCAAACAACUGUUACGAGGUAUACACAACUCUCGGUAUUGAAGGUGCUCGAAAUGCACUAUACAAGGAAUUGAAUGGUGUCAUAGAAAUGGGUGGUUCAUAUGUCAAUUACCGACACUUGGCUUUACUCUGUGAUCUUAUGUGUUCCAAGGGAUCUUUAAUGUCAAUCACUCGACAUGGUAUCAACCGUACGGACGCUGGUGCCUUAUCGCGAUCAUCUUUCGAAGAGACCGUCGAGAUUCUCUUGGAAGCUGCGGCAGUAGGUGACGUCGACGAUUGUCGAGGUGUAGCGGAGAAUGUACUUCUUGGUCAAAUGGCACCUAUGGGAACAGGAGCGUUUGACGUAUCCCUAGACAUGAACAUGUUGAAGGAUGUGAUUGUCGAUCAUCGACUACCUGUUCAAAACAUGUUGGCUGCCUCUGGUGGAUUAGCGGGAGGUAUGACACCUGGUGGAGCUAUGACGCCCUACGACAAUUUCUCACCGAUGUGGGAUGGAGCGAAAGGAUCAGUCGGAUCAGCUGCUUUCUCACCAAUGCAAACUUCAAACAAUGAGGAAGGUGGAAACUUCGCCUAUAUGGGAUACGGAACCUCACCAAUGCACGGUGGAAUGUCGCCUGCAGCAGCUGGAUAUUCACCUUCUUCACCUGCUGGAUAUUCCCCCACUUCCCCAUUCGCAGUUACAAGUCCAGCCUAUUCGCCCACCUCACCCUUCGCAGGUGCUGGCGCGGCUUCACCUUGGGUACCAAGAGGUGGAUUUGGAGGAGCCACUUCACCUGCUUAUUCACCUACUUCACCUCAAUACUCACCGUCUAGUCCUCAAUUCUCACCCGCCUCGCCUUCCUUCUCACCCUCUUCACCCACGUACUCGCCAGCCUCACCUGCAUAUGCAGGAACAGGUGCUAGUGCAGGUAUGAACCGAGCUUCACCUUAUUCUCCUGCUUCGCCUGCCUAUUCCCCUACUUCACCAAUGGGAGGUAUGGGAGUCACCUCACCACAGUACUCUCCUACCAGUCCUAGAUACUCGCCUGCUUCGCCUGCGUUCUCACCUACCUCACCGACUUAUAGUCCAACUAGUCCGGCGGCAUUCCAAGCUACCAGUCCGAGAUAUUCUCCAACGAGUCCUCAAUUCAGUCCUACUUCACCUACUUACUCUCCUGCUAGUCCGACAUACUCUCCUGCAAGUCCAGCUUAUUCCCCAGCUAGUCCAGCUUACAGUCCCGCCUCACCUGCUUAUUCGCCAGCAUCACCUGCAUACGGUGUGAAUGGCAAUGCGGCUCAGGCCAACGGACAAAAUGGACCUGGACAGAGACCUAAUGGAAAUGCCAAUGGACAAGUAAAACCUGGAUGGGGUAAUACAGGUACAUAUGGUGCUAGUCCAAGUUGGAAGAGUUGA